CCCUGGAGGCAGCCAGGAAAGUGGUGUGUGUGUGUGAGUGUGUGUGUGUAACGGCCAGGGGACAGGGUUCUAUAAAAAGCAGCUUUCCACCUGUCGCUCCGACAGUGCCCCGUAGCCGAGAUAAGGCCUUGGGACGAGUGAAGGGGACCACAAAGCCACAGGCCUCCGGUUUGCCCCUCCAAAGGAGAGACCUCUUCCCUGUCAGAGAGUCGCCCCUUGACAUGGCCCUGACCUCUUUCGAUGACCAGUACAAAGGCUGUGCGGCCAUGAUGGAGUCUGAGCUGGAGGAGCUGAACCGCACCGAGUUCGCCAACAACCGGGUCUACGCCGAGGCCUGGCCAGAGGCAGCCUCCAAGUGGAAUGAGAGGAAAGCCUCCCUCUUGCCGCCCGGAGGCCUCGGGCCGGAGUACGCCAUCGCCCUCACGGCCUACACCGUCCAAGGGCGCUUCCACCGGGAUUUCAACGCAGCCGUCAGGGAAGCCGGGCGCACCAGAGACUAUUACCUCAACCACUUCCCCUUCAAGGCCUUCCAUUUUCUCCUGACCAGGGCCCUUCGUGCUCUGAGGACCACCUCUGAGUCCCGCUGCCACAAAGUGUACCGUGGGGUCAGAGGGUUCCGCUUCGUCUCGGAACGCCAGAAGCAGGUCCGUUUCGGACACUUCACCUCCUCCUCGCUGAAGAACGAGAGCGCCCUGCAGUUUGGGAAGGACACCUUCUUCACCAUCGAGACCUGCCACGGGGUCAACAUCAAGAACUUCUCCUUCUUCCCCGGCGAGGACGAAGUCCUGAUCCCUCCCUUUGAGAUGUUCAAGGUGGUGAACUUCACCAAAGCGCCUGAUACAACCUUCAUCCAUCUUCUCUCCAUGGAAGAUUCCAGCACCUACAACUGUGCUUUUGUGAAAGAAAGAAGGUGCAAGACCCAAAGAUGCCAUUUCAGUGCAGGGACCCAAAGCAGAUUCUCCCCUCCCCCGUUUUCUCACAACGACCCCUUGAGUUGGGGUGUUUUGCAGGAGCGGAGAAGGAAGAUGCCGUCUCCCCGUACGGUCCUGGUUCUCUACCUGACGGGAUUCUUCUCAGGAGGGCUCCAGGUGGUCUUCAGCGUCUCUAUGGCCCGAGUGGUGCCAUUCGAUAUGGCUCCCACCUCUUUCGAUGACCAGUACGACGACUGCGUGGAUCAAAUGGAGGAGAAGGUGGGGGCGCUCCUCAAGUCCGAGGUCUAUGGCAAGGCCUGGGAAGAGGCGGCCGCCAAGUGGAACGAGAUUGAGGCCUCGGUCUCGGUGCCUGAAGGCUUCAAGGCGGAGUACGCUGUCGCAGCCUUGGCCUACACACAAAAAGAGACCUUCUUGUACAGAGAUUUCAAUGGAGCUGUAAAGACCGGAGGGAAGAGUGAAGACGAUUACCUCAAGGACUUCGGCUUCAAGGCCUUCCACUUUUUCUUGACAAGAGCCCUUCAGGUUCUGCAGGCCGACGCCAGCUUCCAGUGCCGUGAAACGUAUCGUGGUGUCAAAGGCACCCGAUUCAUGGCAGAACCCGCCCAGAAGGCCCGUUUUGGAUAUUUUGCUUCCUCGUCGCUGAACAAGACCGAGGCCAUGAAUUUUGGGCGGGACACCUUCUUCACCAUUAAGACCUGCUAUGGGGCCUCCAUCAAGGAGUUCUCCUUCUACCCAGAAGAGGAGGAAGUGUUGAUCCCACCCUUUGAGGUGUUCCAUGUUGAGAGUUCCAUUCAGACGCCAGACGGAAUCCACAUCAGUCUCGUCUCUGCUGGAAUAUUCAGCAAGUACAACUGUGUCUAUGUCAAAGGUAACCACAAGGGCACCUGGCUCCCGAGUCUGGAGAACCAGUUGCGCUCACAGUCCCACAACAGGUAGAGUCAGACCUCCAGCUGAGGGGCAAACACCCCCUCAGUUAGUUUAUGCACUCCAGACCAGGGUGUCCAGACAAAACUGCUAGGAACAGACACAAUGCAGUAGUUGGCUUGCAGAGCAAAUAGAGCAGGUGGCUCAGAUAAGCAAGCCAAGCUGCAAGUGAAAAUAGAUACAUGUGUUCUUGCAUACUCACAUGCCGGGUCACUGGUCAACAUCCUUUCCCAACAGCAGUAUCACUCAUCCAGAUGUGGUGGAGAAAAGACCUGACUUAUGGCGACCCC